AUCUGCUUAUAUAUAUACCAUUUCAUUCCAUUAUUAUUUAAUUAAACCCUUAUUUCUUAAAAUUAAUCUUCUGAAAGUAGUAAGAAGAUAGAGAAAUGAUUGAAAUUAUAUUCCUUCUAUUCGUUUGCCAAAAUGUAUUGGCAGAUAUUACAGUCGAAGAAGGCAAUGCUUACGUGGAUAGUUUUAUAAAAUCGGCAGUAGAGAAUGAAGAAUUAGAAAUGUUGGUACUCCCUGACCACGAUAUUCCCAUCGUUAGAAAAGUCUUGUUUAUUAGGACAGAAAUUUUGUUAAGAGAAGGCCAGAUCUACGGGUUAUCUCAUAUAUCAAGAUAUGACGAUGUCCAGAUAGAUGAAGGAAAUAGAACUUUAAUUACUUGUAACUUAGAUCUCAAAGAUCUUGAAGUACGAUAUAAAGUUAGAUUUAUAUUUCUUAAUUCCGAACAGAAACCUAUCAAUAUUACUGGUUUAAUGAAUAAUAACAAGGUUAUUUUGAAACUUCUAGUAAAUAAAGAAAAUAGGGAAGUAUCUGUUGAUAGUUUGUAUAUGUCAAAAUUAAGUGGUUUUCGAGUAAUUUUAAAAGACAUUGGUAGUAUAUUUAAAUGGUUAGCAAAUGCAUUUAAUUCAGUAGUUAUAAAUAUAUUAAAAAAAGAUAUUACUUCGUUGGUUCAGGACCAUUUAAGAGAGGCUUUUGAAAAGGAAGCUGAAAGAAGAAAUGACAUGUUUUAGCAAAGUUUAUCCAUUUCGAGAUUGAUUUAAAUUACAAUAUAAAAGAAAAUGUCAUUAAAAAACUAUAUAUUAUUAAUAAUUCGAUUUUAAAAGUAUGUAUCUAAGGUUGUUGGUUCAAAUGUAAAUGUUUAAAGAAAUCACAUAAUUUUAAUAUAAUUUUCUGAAAGAAAUGACAUUAAUUUAAAGAUGUUAUGUUAAGCUUAUGUUAAUUGUAUAUGACAUAUUAUGACUCGAAGUAUAGAGCUGUAUAUAAAUGUGUAAUGCGAUUGAAUAAUAAUAAUAAUAAUGAUAAAGAUGCCAUACUAGUCAAUAAAUUCUUAAACAACAUAAAGAUUACAGUAUAUUUUAAAAUACGUGCUGUCUCAGAAAGAUGGACAUACGGAAAAACUGUAAAUGCAAAAAAA